AUGGCAAGCAACUCUCCACUCACAAUUGCCGUCAUCGGCUGCGGCACUCUUGGUACCGCAAUUUCAAAAGGCAUACUCGAUCCCUUGGACAAGCAGAGCAUCACCAUAGACCGGGUUAUUGCCACAGUCGGCACCGAGGCCUCUAAACGUCGCGUCGAGGAGGAGUUGUCUGAUUCCUCAGCGCGACUGAAGGUACUUCUGCAAAAGGACAAUGAAGCUGCUAUACGAGACGCAGAUGUGGUUAUCAUAGCUACAAAGCCCGUCAAGAGAAGUGAGGUCUUCGCAGCUCAGGGAGUCAAGGAGGCCCUUCGAGGCAAACUAGUCAUCAGCAUCAUGGCUGGAAUCACCACCAAAGAGCUCGCCCGUCUCGCUGUCGGAAAUGGGGAAUCAUCUGAUGACCAGACACCCUUUCAGGCUGUCCGGGUAAUGCCCAACAUGGCCGCCAAGAUUCGUGAGGCCUUGAGCCUGUGUACGACAGACUUCGAUACGCUUACGGACGGCAACAAGGAGAUCGCAACAUGGAUCUUCAAUCAAGUCGGCCAAAGCCGCUUCAUACCAGAAAGCUCUUUUGAUAUCUCUGCGGUUCUUGUAGGAUGUGCCGGGUCGCUUCUGCUCUUGGCUGUCGAUGGCCUCCUAGAUGCAGCUGUCGCUGAAGGAGUGAAGCGGCCGGAGGCGCAGGAUAUGGCCUUUACCAGCGCAAUUGGUAUGAUGAAGUUGGUGCCUGCUGGAAACCAUCCGAGCGUAUUGCGGGAGAAGAUCGCAUCACCCGGGGGUUGUUCGAUCCGGGCACUAUUGGAGCUGGAAAGGUUGGGAGUCAGGUCAGCAUAUACAAGCGCCAUCAUGGCAGCGGCGGCUCGUUCCAAGGAGAUGUCCAACUCUUAG